CAAACAGAGCGCGUAUGCCAUUCUUUUGUUCGCUCUUUAUAUGUUUCAAGGCCAUCAGGAUAGCGCCGAGGGACAGUGCAAGUGUCGUGUGCCUCAUAUGUGCUGCGACGCCAGCAGCGGGGCCGACCAGGUCUACAGAAGAUCCGCUCCCGCCUGCUGCCCUGAAUACACGCCCAUUUUUUGUCUGUGUGAGCUGCAUACAUCCAUGCUGCUACUCGCAGCUCCAAGCUGUUCGGAGAUCUUGUCCAUCGGCAUUUGUGCAUUGGGCAGCCUAGCUGCGGUCUGCGGCUGGAGAGAGUACGAAUCAGUCCGAGUCUAGAGCACCAGUGUGGUGUGUAAAGGGCGUGCCACUGCGCGGGCUGAGACGUUCCGACCCAAAGCAAUUGACAAAUUGUUGAUGUGCUGCUGCCUUUCUCGG